UAUUCCACUCACUACUGAGAGUACAGUUGGCGUUGCCUGCGGAAAAUGUUAAUGAUUAACAGAUGUGUAAAAUUAGAAAUUAUUUCACUGGUGACCAGAUUGAGCAAUAAGAAAAAACAGAAGAAGUUGAUGUUUGGGUAUCUGUAUCUAAUUCUCUAGCUGCAAACACUGAAAACCUUCAACAAUGGCAAUGACCGGAAAGUAUGAGCUGGUAUCACAUGAGAACUAUGAACCUUUUAUGAAAUUCUUUGGUCUUUCCGAUGAAUUGAUCCAGAAAAUCAAGGUUUCGAAGAAUGUUUACGAGAUUGUGCAGAAUGGCAAACACUUCAAGUUAACAGCCACCACAGGGGACCAUGUUCAACAUAACGAAUUUACAAUUGGUGAGGAGGCUGAGAUACAGAUCCUAACAGGGGAGAAGUUUAAGACUGUUGCCCAACUUGAAGGUGAUAAUAAAUUGAUCUUAAAUCUCAAGGGAAUCAAAACUAUUAUUGAAGUAUCUGGAGACACUCUAACUAAUGUUAUGACGAUGGGAGACAUCACCUGCAAGAGAAUCCUCAAGAGAAUUUGAGAGAAGCUUAAUAUUAUUUUACUUUUACUAUAAAAUAAUAAUAAUAAUAAAAAUGUAUUUCUUUCUGAGCGCUUUAAUGUAAUAAAAUAUCAGUUUUUGGUAAAUAAAUAUAA